GGCUGAAAGUUCAACAAUAUUAAGAUAUUGCAACCUAAAUUUUGGUCCUAACUUGGUCUCUUAAAAACCAUCCUGAUAACACCUGAAAAAAUAAUUAAUAACUGGUUGCUCUGAUUUCUUCUGCUUAGAGUAAAAGAUGAAAUAUUUCUCCUAACCAGUGAUCCUCUAAUCUUCUCUACAGGGACCAGAGUGUACAGCCCCCCCAGAAUGGAUCCGCUAUCACCGGUAUCACGGCAGGUCAGCAACAGUCUGGUCUCUGGGGGUCCUGCCGUAUGACAUGGUCUGUGGGGAUAUCCCCUUUGAACAUGAUGAGGAGAUUAUUAGGGGCCAGGUCUACUUCCGACAGAGGGUCUCUCCAGAGUGCCAGCACCUCAUUAAAUGGUGUCUUGCCUUGAGGCCCUCCGACAGGCCAUCCUUUGAAGAUCUUCUAAAUCAUUCUUGGAUGCAAGAUGUCCUCUUGCCACAGAAAACAGCAGAGAUCCACCUGCACAGUCUAAUUCAGGAGUCUGGCAAAUAGCAGCUCCUCUCAUCCAUUGGGUGUAAAAAGAAAACUCUCACCAGUGACUGUCUACCUGUUACAUGGGAACAUUCAUAUCUCAUUCCAGAGCUCAGCUAACUGGAGAAUCUUCGGAAAGGCUGGA